AAGCGUAAACGCGGCAUUUAUUUAGCUACAAGUUCUCCUUCACGUUCAGCUCGCGUGAAGAAGAUUCGACUAGCGCUCGCGCCUCGGCUCCGUUUUCGGAACUUUCAAUCACAGGCGCCUCUCUCUCUCUCUCUCUCUCUCUCUCUCUCUCUCUCUCUCAGUUCCUUCGUGUGCCUCCUACGUUCUUGCGCGCGCCGCGCGUUGCGGACGUUUCCACACCGCGUGCAUGAGUCCCGGAGAAAAGGCAGCGAAAGAGGGAUUUUAGAGCAUCAUCGAGCGGAGGUGAAAAAAUGGUUUUAGGCUGAGUGACCAACUUGUGAAGGUUGUGUGGGGGUCACUCCAGCCACUCCAUUGUGAGGCCACUCAGCUCACUGUGACCGAUCAGUCCAAACAGCAGUGGGCAGAAUGAAGCGAACUGGGGCCAUUUUCCUUCCCCUCCUCAUCCUCCUCUUCAUCUCUCUGAUGCAGCCCACACGUUCUGAGAGUUCCAACUGUGUCAUCAAGAGAGAGCAGGAGAGAUGCAUGGAGAGGAUCGCACUGCACGACCCCAUGCAGGACCAGGAGUUUGGCUGUGCUUGGGAGUGGGAUAACCUGACAUGCUGGCAGGCUGCCAGCAUAGGCGAGAUUGUCGUGGUCAACUGCCCUGAGCUCUUUGGGUUUAUGAGUCCCGAGGAGGGCCUUGGGAAGAUCAGCAGGAACUGUACUGAAGACGGCUGGUCUGAACCUUACCCACAUUACGUGGAUGCCUGCCUGCCUGAUGAGAAUGGCACCAAACCUGAUAUGUACUAUGCAUCAGUGAAGGCUCUUUAUACAGUGGGCUACAGCACCUCCCUGGUGUCCCUCACCACUGCUAUGGUCAUCCUUUGCAGGUUCAGGAAGCUGCACUGCACCAGGAACUUCAUCCACAUGAACUUGUUUGUGUCGUUCAUCCUGCGAGCCAUCUCCGUCUUCAUUAAGGAUGGGGUAUUGUAUGCUGAGGAAGACAGUGACCACUGCUUUGUCCACACGGUGGCAUGUAAAGCAGUGAUGGUGUUCUUCCACUACUGUGUCAUGUCUAAUUACUUCUGGCUCUUCAUCGAAGGCCUGUAUCUCUUCACUCUGCUGGUGGAAACCUUCUUCCCAGAGAGGAGAUACUUCUACUGGUACACCAUCAUUGGCUGGGGAACCCCAACCAUUUGUGUGACGAUAUGGGCGGUUUUGCGGCUGCAUUUUGAUGACUCUGGCUGCUGGGAUAUGAAUGACAACACUGCCCUCUGGUGGGUGAUCAAGGGACCUGUUGUUGCUUCUAUUAUGAUUAACUUUGUGCUCUUCAUUGGGAUCAUCAUCAUCCUCGUCCAGAAGCUGCAGUCUCCAGAUGUUGGAGGGAAUGAGUCCAGCAUUUACCUCAGCUGUGCACAGAAAUGCUUCAGUGAGCCAGCACAGGCUGUCCAGCAUUCGUGCAGGAUGUCAGAGCUUUCUGCCAUCACCCUGAGGUUGGCCCGCUCCACCCUGCUGCUCAUCCCUCUGUUCGGUAUCCAUUACACUGUGUUUGCCUUUUCUCCCGAGGACGUCAGCAAGAGGGAGAGACUGGUGUUUGAACUAGGCCUCGGAUCGUUCCAGGGGUUUGUGGUAGCCGUGCUCUACUGUUUCCUGAAUGGAGAGUUUCUGCCUGAAGGUGCAGUCGGAGAUCAAGAGGAAAUGGCGCAGCUGGACGGUGAACAGGUACUUUGCUGUGGACCUGAAGCAGCAGCGUCACCCUUCGCUAGCGAGCAGUGGGGUGAACGGGGGCACGCAGCUGUCCAUCCUGAGCAAGAGCAGCUCGCAGAUCCGCAUGUCCAGCCCCCAGGCCGAGAGUGCCAACCUCAACCUGCCCACCUGAGCGCCUGAUUGGCUGCGCCCAACGUGACUCCUCCCCCAAAAGCCCACCCCUCCGAUCCAACCGACUACAGCCAGGACAGUGUAGGGCCUUAAAGCGCUACUUACUGAUCUCUUUCAAGUAAAGAAACAAAUCACUAAUCAUGAUAACUUAAAUUGUGAAAAUACAUAUUUUACGGAGAUUCAAACAAUCUCACUCAGAUUCACACCAAGGAUAAACUUUGGAGCCAAAUAUGCGCUCAGGCUUUAGGAAAACAGCAGUGCUUUCUAAUAGUAAUCUAAUUGUGGAGCUUUCUGCCAAAUAACACUCCGAAAAUUGAAGACAGUACAGUUUCAGUCAUAUUAAUUGCAUAUUUUCAGCAUUUUCCUCCUUCUCAUUGGCAGCCAGUCUGACUGGAUGGAGAGAGCACAUCCAACUGCCUAUAAAACAUUGAGAGUGAAAUGAAACUAAUGCAUUUCAUGAGUGAGUACUACUAAAAUGACCCUAUUACAUUCAUUUUCCAGAAAGAUAAACGUCGACAUUGUGUAGAAUCGGAAAGAAAACAACAAAAAUGGCAAGAUUAACGAAUACAUAGCAAGAUUUAUGCAUAAGAAUUUUCAGCCAUUUUUCAUCAAAACCAAUUGUAAGUGCCAAAAUAUGAUUAUUUUGAUAUUCUCUUAUUUCCAGGCUAUGGUGUUUAUCAAAGUGACCAUUUAAAAGAAAUCAAAUAUAUUUCACAUCGCUUGUAUAAAUGCCUAAUGCCUAAGCUGAUUACUGUUGGAAUCGACAAAGAGGUUGUAAAAUGUAUUUUUUUUACAAUCAGCCGCAAGUACAGAGUAUGUCAACAACAUGAAGACUUGUGAAUUAGCAACUAAAUUCAUGUAAAUGUAGUUUAUGUGUUUAUCUAUCUUUUGUUGGUAGAUUUUUUUAGGUCAACACUGCAAGUAAAUAUCAGCAUCUGAUGUAAAAGUCCUUAAAGGGGCACUCUGGCCAGAAAGAAAAGCUUAGCCAUUAGUUCAUCUGUUAUAAACAUGCCUACCUGUAUCCUAAAGCGGUGCCGUAGUAGUAUCUAGAGUGAGAUUCUCUGGUUUUAGUAAUAGGAAAACCAUCCCUUGAUGAUGUAUCUUGAAGGUGGGAGGAACCUGAAAUGGUACACCUGCUUUGGGUUGGAUACUUGAGCAUGGGCUGUGAGGAAGUCUGUAUUUAUUGGGCUCUACAUCAGUGGCUAUGUUAGCAGUCAGGAUUUCUUUAUCACUGUGGGAGCAUUUCCAAUUGUAUUUGCGAAAUGCAUUCUGGGUAUUGUAGUGAUAGAUGUAAAAACCAAAAGGACCGAAAAUCAUGUUCUGAUGAGGGGUCCGAAGCUGUGAAACAGAAUGUGAAGUAACGUAAUAAAUAGCAUAUUAAAGGCUUGUUUUAGGCCGGAAUGCCCCUUUGAAGUUGAAUCAGUAAGAAAUUCUAAGGUUAUUUUGACAAAUUCUCAAUAAACAAGGAAGCCAAACCUCAGACAGAGAAAAUAAUGAUGUUAAAAUAUAUCAUGUUAAUAGGUUGUAAUCUUUAUAGUGCUUGCAUAUGAGAAGUUGCCUCAUUUGUGUAUUUCAGAACAGAAAUGACAAGAAAACAAAAGUUAAAUAGAUGCUCUGAAAGAGGCCCUAAAACAGCUAGUUUUGUGUUUUACCAACUCUUGAAAGUGCCUAUUGGUCAGAAAAUAUAAAUAGUUAUACUAGUAUUACAAUAUAAAAAAUACUAUUAAGCUAGCGUUUGACACUGACAUUGAAUUGUAUCUCACGGAUGCACUGUUGAUGUUUUUCAAUUUAAAUUCAAUUAAUUCUUUUCUCCUGAGAUAUUAGAGCAGUGCUCUGUUGCUAAUAUAGAAAGCCAGCCAUAGUGCACAAUGGACUGUGAGAAUGUUUGACUGCAAAUAAAUCAAUUUUAGGGCUAAAAUGUUCCCAGUGAAUGAAGGGAAAAUUGAUUCUCGAACCCUUUAUUAAAUAUGGUUUGAUGUCAAUAUAUUCACAUAACCAAAACUCUGCUGACAAUCACACUGGCAUUUGUUUCAGAUUUUUUAUUUUUUAUUUUAUUUUUUGGUGCGACAUAAACAUUAGCAGGUGAUCGAGAUAUAUCUUGAUGUGUUUAAUUGUAUUUCUAUUUUUAUUUUUUUUAUUUUAUUCCUUCACUCAAUUUGAGGUCAUGACCUCUGAUGUCAGAAAAAAAAAUAUGUAUAGAACAUUAGCACACCUGUACCGGUCAUCGUUCUGUGAAAUCGAAUGGAUAAAACGUCAUGUGCAAUAUAUUUGUGCUUUUACUGCAGACGCUAGUGGAUUAUGGGUACUGGUCAAGGAGGUUGCUCUUUUGUGGCUUGCCAUGUUUCAGUGAUUGUCCUGUAACUGCUUUGUAUAAUUCUGGUCUUGGACAUUUUUUAAUCUGUCGAUUAAGAGUCGAGAUUUAUUUUUGUUUUCACGUGUGUGAACGUUCACAAGAGUCGCUAAGGUGCACACAGUGGCAAACGUGUAAAAUACUUCUAUACAUACUGCAAGUUAAGGCUUUGUUCAGUCUGAAGAUGAAUGCAAAUAUUUGACAUUUUAAUCUAAUUCAGCAACAAUACAGCGUGCAGGUUUAAGGACAUUGUGUCUUUUAAAACAUCAGUGUGAUAGUUAUGUUCACAAUUGUUGUUGUAUUGUGUCUUAAAAGAAUACUGUAGCAUUUUCCAUCCUAACCUCUACAGUAUGUGCUGCAUCUGCUGGAUACAGUGUUUUCCUGUACUUGGAAAAGAGCUGAAAACGUUGAAUGAAACAUUAGAAGCCUACACACUUAAAAAUGAUUUUUCUUCAAGGGUUCUGUAGUAAAGAAAAUGGUUCUAUAUAAAACCAUGAACACUCAAAGAGCCCUUUGCAUGAUUAAAGGGUUUCUUGCAUUGUGAAAGCGUU